GACGCAGAUCUGUCAUAAAGCCAGUUUCUCUGCACGGGCCUGAACUGCAGCUUGUAUGGCUCAUGUACAAUGACCAGGGGGGACACACAUCCAGGUGUGACGCAGAGGCUAACGGUGAUGAUGGUGAAGAGGAGGAAAAGCACUCAGGUGCUGAUGUUUAUUUAUUAAUUCUGAUUAUUUCACCCCCGGAUGCGAGGCCGUUAAGGGCCGUCAGACUGCGUCCUCACUCCUCUCGUGUCUGUCCCUCGUGUACAAUGUCGACGCUCACCACUCCGCAAUAGCAGAGGCAGAAGACAAAAGCGGAUCGACGGGACGGAUUGAAAGUAUCAUCUGCAGCUGGACACACGCUGGAGUCUCUCCUUCAUGUGCUCAAACAGGGGAGCGCGGAGGACAGAGCGAUUCCAGCCCGCAGCUGAUGCUGAGAAGAGAGCCGCCCGCUGUCAGGCAGGCAGCCGUGGACGACAGGAAGGUGGUACCCGAGUGUUGGCGCUCACUACCCGGGAUCUGACCGCGGGAUCGUGGAUCUGCCACUGCCGCUGCGGCUGCUGCUGCUGCUGCUGUUGAAGCAUGGGCUGCGCUCCCAGUAUUCACGUCUCCCAGAGCGGUGUCAUCUACUGCCGGGACUCGGACGAAUCCAACUCCCCGCACCAGACCACCACCAUCUCCCAGGGCACCGCGGCCACGCUGCACGGGCUCUUCAUCAAGACGGACGCGGCCGAGACCAUCCCGUCGGUCAUCACGUACCAGAGCCGUCACUCGCGUAACAACUCGUACAGGGACCGCAAAGAAAACAGCGGCGGACACAACCGCAUCGAGGCCGAGACGCAGACCAGCCACACCAGCGUCAAGGUUUCAGGAACAGAAGAAUUUGUGGGACCGAUGAGACUGACCCAGGAACCAAUCCAGGUUCUGCUGGUGUUUGCUAAGGAGGACAGCCAAAGUGAUGCAUUCUGGUGGGCCUGUGACCAAGCAGGCUUCAGGUGCAACAUUGCACGAACGCCCGAGUCUGCUGUCGAGUGUUUCCUGGACAAGCACCAUGAAAUUAUAGUCAUAGAUGGACGUAAUUCCCGCUACUUUGAGCCAGAAGCCGUCUGUCGGUUGAUACGUGCCACAAAGCCCUCAGAAAACACAGUCAUUUUAGCUGUUGUGUCGCCGACGUCACCUGACCAGGAGGAGCCAUCUGUUCUCCCUAUCCUCUGCGCUGGAUUCAACAGAAGGUUUGUGGAGAACAGCAGUGUGUCAGCCUGCUACAAUGAGCUCAUACAGCUGGAGCACGGAGAGGUGCGAUGCCAGUUCAAACUCAGGGCAUGUAAUUCUGUCUUUACUGCUUUGGAUCACUGUCAGGAGGCUGUGGAGAUUACCAGUGAGGACCACAUAAUACAGUACGUGAAUCCAGCCUUUGAAAGAAUGAUGGGCUUUCAUAAAGGAGAGCUAAUUGGGAAAGAACUGACUGAACUCCCCAAGAGUGACAAAAACAGAGCAGACCUGCUGGACACUAUCAACACCUGUAUCAAAAAAGGAAAGGAGUGGCAGGGUAUUUACUACGCUCGGAAGAAGUCAGGUGACAGCAUUCAGCAGCAUGUGAGGAUCACACCUGUCAUUGGCCAAGGAGGGAAAAUUCGACACUUUGUGGCCAUCAAGAGACCACACACUGAUAACAACAACCAGUUUUGUGUGUCACAGGUCCACAGGUUCAACAAAGAAGAUAGGUGCAGUGGAGAGCAUUCCUAUUCAGAGUGCCAUUCCUUACGUCACCGGGACCGAAGGAAAGACUCGAUUGAUGCCAGAUCACUCAGCUCUCGUGGCAGUGAUGCUCCUAGUUUACAGAACAGAAGAUAUUCCUCUAUUGCUAGGAUUCACUCCAUGACCAUCGAGGCUCCCAUUACCAAGGUGAUAAACAUAAUCAACGCAGCUCAGGAGAGCAGUCCAGUCACAGUCGCUGAGGCUUUGGAUCGAGUCUUAGAGAUCCUGAGAACCACAGAACUCUACUCCCCUCAGCUUGCCUCAAAAGAAGAUGACCCUCACACUAACGACUUAGUUGGGGGACUAAUGAGUGAUGGGCUGAGGAGACUCUCUGGGAAUGAAUAUGUUUUCUGCAAGAAUAUGAGUCAGAGCCAGUUGGCCAUACCAGUCACUCUAAAUGACGUUCCUCCGUCAAUUGCCGAGAUGCUGAAUGACGAGGAAUGCUGGGAUUUUAACAUCUUUGACCUGGAGGCUGCUACGCACAAAAGACCACUAACUUACCUCGGGCUAAAGAUCUUCACAAGCUUUGGAGUGUGUGAGUUCCUGAGCUGCUCUGAGACCACAUUACGUUCUUGGCUGCAGCUCAUGGAGUCCAGCUACCACUCAUCAAACUCCUACCACAACUCUACACAUGCCGCUGAUGUGCUGCAUGCCACUGCCUACUUCCUGCGCAAGGAGAGAGUGAAGAGUAGUCUGGACCAGCUGGAUGAGGUAGCAGCAUUGAUAGCAGCCACAGUGCAUGAUGUGGAUCACCCGGGCAGGACCAACUCUUUCCUAUGUAAUGCGGGGAGUGAACUGGCGAUUCUUUACAACGACACCGCAGUGUUGGAGAGCCAUCACGCUGCCCUGGCCUUCCAGCUCACUGUCAGAGACAGCAAAAGCAAUAUAUUUAGGAAUAUUGACAGGACACAGUUCCGAACACUGCGGCAGGCUAUAAUUGACAUGGUUCUAGCCACAGAGAUGACAAGGCACUUUGAGCAUGUCAGCAAGUUUGUAAACAGUAUCAACAAACCAAUGGCUGCCAUAGAAGAGACCAGCACAAGUGUUACUAGUAUUAACAGUGAUUGUGAGGGGCAGGCAAACUUCAGGAACUCUCCAGAGAACCGUCUGCUGAUAAAGAGGAUGUUAAUAAAAUGUGCAGAUGUUGCCAACCCGUGCAGAUCACUGGAGCUCUGCAUUGAAUGGGCUGGGAGGAUCUCAGAGGAGUACUUCGCUCAGACAGAUGAGGAGAAAAGGCAAGGGCUACCAGUGGUGAUGCCUGUGUUUGACCGAAACACCUGCAGCGUUCCUAAAUCUCAAAUCUCCUUCAUAGACUAUUUUAUCACAGAUAUGUUUGAUGCCUGGGAUGCCUUUGCCAGCCUGCCUGGUCUCAUGGAGCACCUGUCAGAGAACUACAAGUACUGGAAAAGCUUGGAUGAGAUGAAGUGCAAAACUCUACGGCCCCCCCCUCCCUCUUGACCAAUUCGUCAUUACCUCUUCUUAUAUAUCACUUGUAGCAGAGUGGGACAGUAAAUGCAGCCCUGCACUGGAACAGUUUUCCUUGUUGGGACAUUAAUGAACGCUGAGAAGUGGGUUGCAUCCCAAAUUACAUUGUAGUUGAACGUGGACAAUAUCACUGGAGUACAAGUUAUCAUUUGAAGCCCCAGUUAAUGCUCUGCUGCCAUUUUCAUAAUGCUUACAACACUCCUAUGGAACUGUGUGGGCUUCACUGCUCACCUGACAAUCUGCACCGUGUAGUGAGUCUCAACAAACGCGACAAACACCUGCUCUUCAGUUCAGUCAGAUGCAUUUUAACCUUCACUCUUAGUUAGUUUCUUUUUCAUUUCAUUCUUUUAUUUGUUCGUUAUUGUUACUGUUCUCUCAUUAAUCUAAUAUAGCAUGUUCAUCAGUCAACUGCUGUGAGAUAAACCUGGUAGGUAACUGAGACCAAAGUUUUAGAGCUGACAAAGACAGAGAACUGUGUUCUCAACUGUGUUAACAUUUGAAUUCCAUGCCUUGAAGAUUAUCAGAAAAAUGUACUUCAAUAAAAAGGAAUUGGCAUUUUUGGAAGCUGGAGACAUACUUGCACACGUGUGCGUCAAGGACCAAAUUUUUACCAGCCAGAAAUUGACUGUUGACCCACAAUCAGAUAGCCAGAAACAUAAACGAAAGUGCAAGUCUCCACAUUUCUACAUGUCCUGCCUCAUAAACAGAAGUGGCUUUAAGAUGAAUGAGCCCCUCUGGUCUUUAACUAUUUCUAACUACUCUUAUAGACAUUUCUUCUUUGUCAAGGUCUAUAGCUUAUCCAGAAAUUUGCCAGUUGAGAUGUUUGUGUGUUCAAUCAAAAAGAGCAACAGAAUUGCACUGUCUGACACUAACUCUGUGACACUAACUGUAGACAUCUGCUCACAAAAGAGUCAAAAUGAAUCAAACAUGGGACUUUGUGAACAAUCAAAGCCUUCUGGUGAAACCACACUCAAUCUUGAGACUUUUCAAAAUGGCCUGAGGACAACCUGAGAGAUACAUGAAGGAAGCAUUAGACCAACGUUUGGACCAACAUCUGAAGUAAAUUAACUAACCUUACUCUGAGACAGUUUCUGGUACACAUUUUUACUCCUUUAUGUCAGAAACCCUUCUGAUUGCGAACAUUGGCUGUAUUGUUGCACAUGAUGUUCAAAUUAAAAAAAAAAAAAAAAA